CCCUUGGACGGACUUGGAGACCACCUUGGUGCUCGCGCGGGAAGCGGGGUAGGCGGCUGCGGCACGGUCGAGAGGGUCACGUAUGCCGGUGCCGCCAUGCCGGGCAGGCAGCAGCAUCAGGUCGACCUCGGACGGCGUCACAGGGCCGCCGAGGAGGGCCGGCAGCAGCUCCUUGGCGAUGGCCUCGCGGAGGGGGCUGAGAGCGCACUCGUCGGUGAGCACGACACGAAAGACGUAGUCCCACUCCAUCUGCAGAGACCUCGUCAUUGCCGCGUGGGCCGUGUGUGGGAAGUUGCGGGCAGCAGACGUGAGCGCGCGCACGCCGCGCACCCACCCCUCGACCUUCUCGCAGAGGAACGCCGCCCUUCCCCCCUCAUCGCCCACGUAGCCGCCCAGGAACCUCUUGCCCGUGACGAUCUGCACCCCCUCGGGCUCGAAGAGUUCCCUUGCGAUCUGCUCGAGCUCGGGUUUGACGACGAGGAAGGAAGGAUGCAGAAGGCUCAUACAUAAUUCGAGGACAGCGAGACGCCAAUAAAUUUCGCUGCAUACGUGUGUGUUACAGGUAUGCCAGCUGUGGAUGGGCUAGUGUAGCAGGCAGAA